ACCACACAAUGAAUAACUCCACUCCCUCCGCCGCUCCGCACCACACGGACCUGUUUCCUCGCGCUCGUGUUUUGUCAGAAAAUUACACGCCGUCAAAGGAGACUUUCUCCCCCUGAAACCUGCGAGCUUCAUAUUAAACCUGCCGAUCAGUUUUCCUCAGAAACGAGCAGCUCUCUCCCCGGUCACACUUCUCAUUCAGUCCUUCAAGUCGUCGCGAAGCGCCGGUGGAUAAGCUUGAGAGGUGAACGGUGUGAACAGUGCUGGAAUGCAACAGGAUUAUCAUCUGACCUUAACACAGAGGAGGCAAAGCGACCAGCCCAUUAGAUCACACGUUUUCUGCUGCACUACAAUGCCUUUGAGGUUAUAAUGUCUACGCUGAAGCACGUUAUUUUACAGGAUAAAGACGAGGACGUUGAGAAGAAGCUGGACUGGAGUUACAUUGAAUGGGUUGAAAAUGAAGUUGACAGCCCAGGUGUGGCAAAUGCACAGACGCAAACGGACUGGGGGCCUCCUCAGCACAAGGAUUGUCAGACCAGCAGCCCCAUCAUAAUGCACAUAGAUCUUACACGGACACACUCCAAGCUGAGACAUUCGUCCCUGGUGGACACUGAUGGCUUGGUCGCACCUUUCUUCCAGUUUGACCGCCAGGCUCCUGCACGCAUCUCUACGUCUCCCACCUUGAGGAGGAUGAGGAGCACCAGGCGUCCUCUGAUGGACACUCGUGAUCCUGUCAUAAUGGGGAGCACUCGGGAGGAGCCAACUUCUGAAGGCACGCCAUCCCCCACAACCCCCCUGUCCCCAGUACACAGAGUCAAGUCUCCUCUUGCAGCGAGCCCCCUCUCUGAUGGAGAGAUCUAUCACGAUCAUCAGCCCAUUUCAUCCUGCGGCCGACAGAGAACCAGAUCACAUAGAUCAAAGACUUUUGACAACGGUAUCACUUCCACGAGACAAGAAUGUCGCAGUGCUCUUCCUACUCUUAAUAAAAAUUUUGGAUUUCCUGAUAGUGGAGUACAGGAGAAAGAGCUUUGUCAUAACAGGCUUCAGGAAAGGAGACGGAGCUCGGUGGUGGUCAGCCUGCCCGGAUUGGAUGUUUCACCAGGAGAUCUUUUUGUGUCCAAUGGAGCAGCUGACAUAUUAAACGGUUCAAACUUCUCCGAUACCAAGAAAUCAAAGUGGCCUUUUUCGAGGCGUAGUACGAGUAAAGUGAAGUCGCAGACAGGCACCGCAUCAGAUAUUGAGAAAUAUCUCUCAACAUCACAGAUUCAAGACUGGAAAAACUGCGACCUUCAGAGGUAUAAGGACUACUCUCUGGCAGAGUUCCUGCGAGACCAGUCCUCCCAGGUGAACGCCACCUCUGACCCUCAGGGUUUCAAGAGACAAGAAGCCAUCUGGGAACUCUUCACCAGCGAGUGUGUUUACUUCCUGGAUCAGCUCAUGGUUCUCAAAGAGGUGUUUUUGGCUACCCUCACAGACCUGCAGAUGAGGAACUGCCUGACCGAUGUCGACUCCUGGAGGUUGUUUGCAAACCUCAAUGAGCUCUGCCUGGUGAGCUUUGGUUUCUUAAACAACCUCCUCCGCGUCAUCAAGGACAUGCUGGAGAUUACGGAGGGUGGCGGGCCCACCCUGCUGGAGCUGCUGAGCAAGGCAAGUGCUUUCCAGGAAAGCAUAUGUCACUGCCUGCAGAAGUACUGCCUCAACUACUCCACGGCUCUGCUUUAUCUGGACAGCCUGAAGCCCAGAGAGGACUUUGGAUCUUACGUGAAGUGGUGCGAGAGGAACGAACAGUGCCGAAGGCUGCAACUACGCGAUCUGUUGGUGGCGCCGCUGCAGAGGCUAACCCGGUACCCGCUGUUGUUACGGAAUAUCGCAAAGAGAUGCCAAGUGGAGGAUGAGAUCAGAGGCCUGCAGGUUAUAGCGGAGCAAGUGGACACAUCUAUAUGUGAUUUAGAGGGAAAGGUCAAAUGGCUGGAUAACUACCAGAAAGUGAAACAGCUGAGAGAUGCGCUGGUGUGGCUGCCUGUAUGGGAGAGAGACAAGCGUGCCUUCGUCCCUGAGAACCUGAAACAUCUCUUAAAGGCCGUCACUCUGGAGAAUCUCAUUUCUCACCGAAGUCUGCUGCACGAAGGGAAAAUGGUGCUCACAGAGAACACAAAGCUGAUCGAUGUAUAUCUGUUCCUGUUUGACGAAUUCCUGCUGAUCACAAAGAUAAAGAGAAACAAAAAGCGCUCCAUCGGACCAGAGCAGAAUCCUCUCAGGAUGCCACAGAACCUGGAGCUGGAUCAGCUCCUGAAGGAGGGAUGCACCUUCACGGUUCUGGACCAGCCCGUCUCUCUGGACCGACUCCAGCUCAAGAACAUUGAUCAGCUCAAUGCCUCAACAUCGGGGCUUCCUCAUUCUUUCAUAAUCAUGCACCAGAACCGCUACCAACAGUGUAUCGGUGCGUUCAUCCUGCAAGCUGCAUCGGAGUCUGCCAAGAGGGUGUGGAUGUCAAAGAUAGAGGGUGCUGUGACGGCGCUGCUGAAGCUGGACUCUCAGCAGCCGCGAGUCAAGAGCUCCUCACUGUGGCUGGAGUCUUCACAGAUAUGACCCAUCAAACAGCACUAGAAGCCAUCUGACAUGUCUCUGCUGUCAGUGUGCACUUCACCGUCCCCUGACGUCUUGUAAAUGACUGCGCUAGUACUAGGAGCCUUUUGUAAACUUAAUGUUUGCCUGCAGCUGCUGCAGUAGUGUACAAUAAA